CUUCCUUGAGGAGGUAUUGGACAGUCGUAAGACCUCAGUCUUUCUGUAAAACAAUGAGCCUAACAUGUACAAGCCAUCGCGACCCGGACAAGUUCCCAGCCGUCCAGCUAUUCCUCCUUGCAAUCGUCCGUCUCGCCGAACCGAUCGCACUCACCUCCAUUUUUCCCUAUGCCUGGGCUUUCAUCAAAAGACUACACAUCGGAAACGAAGAUGACGCCUCAUUCUACGCCGGCCUUCUCAUCUCGUCCUUCGCCCUAGCCGAGGCCUCGAUGGGCAUGUACUGGGGAGGUCUGUCCGACAGAGUUGGCCGGAAACCCGUUUUACUUCUAGGAUGUGUCGGCACCAUGUUCAGCAUGAUCAUGGUUGGAUUCGCAACCAACCUUUGGGUCGCUGUGCUCGGUCGUGCCAUAGGCGGACUCCUUAACGGCAAUAUUGGUGUGAUCCAGACCAUGGUUGGCGAGCUAGUCACAAAGCCAGAACAUGAGCCCAAGGCAUAUUCCAUCAUGCCUUUUGUUUGGAGCAUCGGCACCAUCAUUGGUCCCGCUAUUGGCGGUACCUUUGCUGACCCCCACGAUUCCUUCCCAAACAUGUUCCCCAAGGGCUCCUUGUUCGACCGAUUCCCGUACCUGUUGCCCAACCUUAUCUGCGCCGGCAUGCUUUUUAUGAGCAUCGUGCUUGGUUACUUUCUCCUCGAGGAGACGCAUCCCGACAUGCAACCGCGCAUUCUGCUUCCCGACGAUACGUUCCUUUCCGAGAACACACCCUUGAUCGAGACCUCCGAUGCGAUGAAGCGCCCCGCUGUUGACCUUCGCGAUGAAAACUACGGCACCAUGCGGGCUCGGGACAUUCAGAAUGCCAGCCUUACACUGAAGACUAUCGAGAGGCAGCCGAGUUACAACGUCUUUUCCAAGAAGAUCAUGGCAGUCAUCGUCUCCCUGUCGAUCUUCACGUAUCACUCGAUGACGUUUGACCACCUCCUUCCCAUUUUCUUCGAAGACGACAGGGUUCCUACCAGCCAGUCGUUUGGUAUCUUCAAGGUUCUGAGCCCCUUCUACUCCCCUGGAGGCCUAGGACUCUCCCUUCAAUCAGUCGGCAUGAUCAUGGCUGUUCAGGGUGUCAUUGCCCUUUUCAUGCAAGCCGUCAUCUUUCCUUUGAUGGCUGAGAGGCUCGGUGUUUACAGACUGUUCAUUCUGGUCACGGUAUUACACCCCAUCGUCUACGUUAUCAUGCCAACGCUGCUUUUCAUUCCGGAGAGGCUCCUUUACCCGGCCAUUUACUUCUGUCUUGUGGUUCGUAACUUCUUUUCCAUCCUCCUCUACCCUCUCCUCCUGAUCCUCAUCAAGGAGGCCACCCCUAGUUUUUCUGUUCUGGGCAAAGUGAAUGGGCUCGCUGCCAGUGCAGGUGCAGCAUGCCGGAUGAUCGCCCCGCCUGUGGCCGGCUAUCUGUACUCGGUGGGAAGGAAGAUGGACUGCACUGCCUUGGCUUGGUAUGGAAGCAUGUUUGUUGCCGUCAUCGGAGCGAUCCAGUGCUUCCAGGUUAAGAGAGAUAGGUCGAGGGAUGUGGGGGGCGAUGACAGCAUAGGUCAACACUCUGACAGCGAUGGAGAAGUCACUCCUGCUGCGGAGACGGCUUAAUGAUUGUUACUGAUGAGCCUGAGGGUUGGUGGGAUUACAAUGCAAAUUCAAAGUAGGUGGAACAUGAUACCAAUAUUGAAGGAUAGGAAGAAAAGGGAGCAAGGCAGGGAAAGGAUCUAUUGACGACUACGGCUACAUUAAAAGGAAACGGCAUGGCGUUUAGGAACGGAUCAUGGUGUGUUCUACACCAGUGAGCGAGCGUGCACUGCUUUUAUUGCUUUUUCAACACGGGCAAAGUGAACCUGUAAUAGGUUGAAUCUGGCCAAGGGAGACGCUGAACUGGGCUUGGGAUGGUACGGGUCUUGGUAUAUAUGUCAUGGAUGUUUGCUUAGCAUGUACAUAAGAAUGGACGCCCUGAUUUCAGGCAAUUCCAAUUUCACUUUGAUAUACGAUAACAGUGGCCUUCACAUUACCCACGU